AUGUAAGAAAUAAUAAUAAUAGGAAUAGGACAAUGUGGAAUAAAUGUAGGAGUGGAAUUCAUAAAAUAAUUAAAUUAUGAUCAUUGUUUAAAUAAUGUCUAAGAAAUAAUUAAUUAAGAUAGAUAUAAGUAAAAAAUUAAUGUUUUUUAUAAUGAAAAUUCUCGAUAGCAAUAUAUACCUAGAUGUCUAUUUUUAGAUUUAGAACCAAGUAAUAUAAUUUAAUAUGAUUAGGUUCGAUUGAUAGAUUACAUUUAUAGAAAGAUGUGAUUAUUGAUCCUAAUUGUUGUUUUUCAAAGAAUUGUGGAAGUAAUAAUAGUUAUGCUACAGGGUAAUAUACUGAAGGAGCUGAAUUGAUGGAUGAAUGUAAACAUAUUUUAGAUAAAUAUUUUGAAACAUCAGACAAUCUUUAAGGUAUUAUGAUGUUUUUUUCAACAGGAGGUGGAAGUGGUUCAGGAAUUGCAAGUAAUCUUAUAUAAUACUUUCGUGAAAAAGAUUUAACUAAAAUAGUUCAUUGUAAUCCUGUGUUUUCUUAAGGAAUUACACAUAGUAAUUUGGAAAUAUAUAAUACAGUAUUUGUAAUGCACUAAAUGAUUGAAACUGUAGAUAUUGUAACAGUCUAUGAUAAUGUUGCAUUAUACAAUAUUUGUGAAAACAAUUUCUUAACCUCAAAUCAUGAGAAUUGUAAUAAAAUUAUGGCAGAAAGUUUAAUUCAAACAACUGCUUCAUAUCGAUUUCCAGGAUUUAUAAAUGGUGGAAUGAAAAAACUUACAUUAAAUUUAAUACCAUUUCCUAGAAUACAUUUUUUAUAACCUAAAUACAUGAUUGUUAAUUAAAUUAAUUGGAGUAUGACUGACAUUCUAAAAUAAAAAUAUAAAUUAUGUUCUUUUGAAGAUAAUUUACCUACUGAAUAUCUUUCUUAUCAAAUCUAAUUGAGAGGUAAUUGUUUUGAAAUGCCUGAAUCUCAAUCAUUGUUAAUUAAAAAAGAUGAUCUCUAUUAAAUUAAUGGUCAUGAUACUCAUUAUAGAGUACAUACUAGAAUUUAACAUAGAGAUCAUGAAAACAUUAUUGGAUUUUUAGGCAAUUCUAAUGGAUUUAAAAAAUAUCUUUAGAAAUAUUAAGAAGAUUUUAUUAAACUGUUUAAAAGAAAGGCAUUUGUUUAUAUUUAUGAACUUUAAGGAAUGGAUAAAAUGGAAUUCACUGAAGCUGAAUCUGAUUUAAAUGAUUUGAUAUCUGAAUAUGGCCCUCAUUUUAAUAAUUAUUAAAUGUCAUAUGAUUAUGAUGAAGAAGAAGCAGAAUUUUGA